AUGUCGGAUGCGUUCGCCGCGAGAGCGAACGAACGGCAGCCGGACUCCAACUACUUAGCAGCUUUAGGUAAUGACCCUAUCACAUUGAUGAAUAACUGGAAUACGUGAUUCAGAAAAACGUCUGAAAGCCGUGAAAGAUAAACAGAAAAUCGAUUCAAAGUCGAUUCUCAAAGAUAUCGAAUCACUGAAAAACGACCAGCUGUUCAAGCUUCUCUCAGAACCGACGCCAUCACUUCCAAUCGAAGAACGAAAGUUUGAAAACGAUUUUGUCGACGAACAGGCGAGACUCGAUAAGCCAAUCGAACCGAGUCUCAUCCGGAAGAAGAUUGCUCCGCAGACGUGCGCCAUCAACAAAAACGAGCUCGCGUCGAUUGUGAAAUACGAUUUGACUCAAAAGCUGCACGAGUUUUACGGGCAAUUGGACGAAUCGGUCGCAGACAAGCAGGAAUCAAUUCAGAUCUUUGAGGAAUUACGGGAACUUGCCAAUGAACUUGAACGACAAAAGCUCACCGGAGAAGAAGAUGCCGGAGAUGAAGAAGAAGAAGAAGAGAAAGAUGGGGAUGAACGUGAGGGUGGUGGCGAAGCGGUCGAAAAGGGCUCUGAAAAUUUUUAAGAGAAAUCACGCGUUCUCCUGCUUGAAAAGAGCGCACGAUGCGAAAAAGACAAAAUGGUUUCUGAAAACGAAGAGAGGAACGAGCAGCUCAAUCGAUAAGUGUCUGCGAGCUCACGUGCUACCGCUCAACGUCUGGGAGAAAACAGGAUUCUCGAGCAUCGAUCAGAUCACUGCCGUCCUUUCCUUCGACGGUAACAUUGCCAUGACAACGGACAAAAAGUGUCGAAAGAGCAAGUGGAAAACGGUCAAUCUGGUGAGCCUUCUGCCCGUGCAAUCGGAACUUCAUGGAGGGCUUUUCGAGCUGGGAUGCUGCGAUCUGAGUCUAGAAAAAUCCGGAGACUGUCUCGCCAUUCUCGCCGUUUUCUGGAUUGAGCUUUCGAAAGACAACACACCAUUCAAGUGCUUUGGCUCUGUCUUCCGCAUCACGGAACAUCUGAAUGUGAUCUUCUGCGAUCUUAUUCCCUCUCCAUCAAUGGUCGCGUGUUGUCGUUUGACCGACCGGAAGAAGUUCACCGGUCAUCAGCACUGUCUUCUCGUCUUCUCGAAGGAGGCUCAAGUGUCCGCUUAUCGAGUCGAGCCGACGUUCAUCAGGAAGAUCGAGGAUGUCUUCGAAUGGUUCCCAUCGUUGGCGCUGACCAAUCUUCCUGGCGGCGCUCUGCGCACUGACUGCAAAAUUUGCAAAAAGUAUCGGUACAGUGCAGUUGGAUUGGACACUGGUGUUCUGAUUGUUUCUGUGUGCAUGAUAGAGGGAAACGUCAUUCUUGACAGGUACAUUUCCGCGUGUGUUCUUCUGUCCCAAUCUCAUUCUUUCCAGCGCCCGUCUCCGUUUUGCCGGCCCGCUAAGUAUCGUCGAGUUUCUGCCGCAAGUUUCUGAUAAUGUGCAACGUCUUCUUCUUUCCUCGUUCAUCGGCCCGGCUGGAAUAUGGCGUCUCAAGUUUGCCGACGACAAAUUAACGUGGGAGACUGAGUGCCAAUUCGAGAGGUCCCAGUACUACGACUCAAUCCUCUGCGCCUGCAUUUACCGUUUCUAUCACGGAUCCCCACCGGUUCUACAUCUUGGAACUUACUCGGGACGCAUUCUGCAGUACGAGUUGCCGCCGCCCACGAAGGAAGUUCGCAAGUCACUGUUUCUGGUGCCAAAAUAUGGGAGGCCGAUCAACUGUCUCAUCAACAACGCAAUCUACUUCAUCAAAGUAGUCUUUCUUAUUUUUUCGAACAGGCGCCUGUUUUUACUUGUUUUGCAAUUUUAAUGUGGAGAUUUUGCAAAACAGGCGAAAACAGGCGCCUGUUCUGCAACCCUAAUCCAAUGUAUUCUACUUCUCGUUUCAGCAAACCGGUUUCAAUGAAAUCUCAGCCGUCACUCCGUUCGGGUUGUUCGUGCUGCGCGAGAACAUUCGUGGCAAACGCCGGCUGGGAAAGUUUGCCGCCCAUUGGCUGGAGAGAUAUCAGAAUCUGCUUCUGAUCAAAAAUCCUGGAAAAGCGGACGAUUUCAGCAAAGCCGAUCUCCGUCGUUUCUCUCUCGAAUCUAUUCAGGCGGCUGCGGAUAUGUUGCGUCCGAGACUCGGAUCUACUGUCUCGCAGCUCACUUAUCGAUGCUCCGACGACGAGGAACGGAUGGAUCGCCGGAGAGGAACCACCGGUGCGAAGGAACUCCGAGAUCACGCAUCGCGCGGAGCAACCCUGUCGGUUUCUGGAUCCUCGAAUGGCUCUUCGUCUCGUCUCCGCCAACUCGACGUUGCCACCACUGAUCUCUACUAUCAGGACGGUCCUUUGGAUGCUCUUUCUCCGAAGUCGACGUCACCUCGGGCGACAACAUCUCACGAGUCGCACCCGCAGUCUCCACUCGUGGCCGGCGACAAUCGGGGCCAGCCAGCCUUUUUCCGUGCGACUAACAAGAAUCUGGCGUCGCCGCAGCCACGCGUCUUCAAGUAA